AUGGUCAAGUUGAACUGGGCUCUUAGCCCUUUGGUUUUCAUCUCUCUUGCCCAAGAUGCCACUGCAAAGUCGAUCCCUCGUCAAUACAAGAAUGAAACCACUCCUCAGAAGCAGCCAGUCAAGCUGACAGGCCUAUCGCCCAAGUUGCCAGUUCACAAAGAUACUUCCAAGUACUGCAGCUAUUGGUACGACAAUGAUGGAUCUCUCGCUUGUCAAGAUAUCCUCGAACCUUUCUUGAUUACCUUGGAGCAACUACUUCGCUGGAACCCCGGACUUGGACCUGGUUGUAGCAACUUUCUCACUGGCUGGUCUUACUGUGUGGAGGCUAUGGAUGAGCCUGUAAUCACCAAUGCCCCUUCCAAGACAACCCCUGGUGGAAGCAGCCCUACCAAGGGCAUACAAACUCCCACUCCCACGCAGCCAGACAUGGUGAACAACUGUGACGCCUUUGAUUUCGUCGAGAAUGGCAUGUCGUGCACCAGUCUUCUUUCCAAAAACGGUAUCACACUGAAGCAACUCGUUACUUGGAACCCUUCCGUCAAAGAUGACUGCAGCGGCUUGUGGUCCAACGUUUGGGUUUGCGUUAGUAUCGUGGGCCAUGAUGCUAAUGGAAGUACCACUUUGAAGCCAACCACUACAACUACGACAAAGACAAGUCCUACCAAUGGAGUUGAGACGCCGUCGCCAACACAGCCCGACAUGGUCGAGAAUUGCAACAAGUUCGAUUUCGUUAAACAAGGACAAAACUGUGAUGCGCUGGCCAAAGCCAAUGGAAUCACUUUUGCGGAUAUCUACAAAUGGAACCCAUCCGUCAAAUCGGACUGUACAGGUCUCUGGGCUAACGUCUGGAUCUGUGUAUCUGUCAUUGGAAAUACACCAUCACCAACCAAGCCUUCACCUACAAACGGAAUCGAGACGCCUUCUCCUAUUCAAGGAGGCAUGGUUAAAAACUGCAACAAGUUCCAUCUCGUAAAAACAACAACAACAUGCAGCUCGAUUGAGAAUUACUACAAGCUGCCCCUAGACAAAUUUCUCGAGUGGAAUCCCGACGUUGGCAAAAACUGUCAGUUCCUGUUAGCACAGUACUGGGUUUGCGUCAUGACAGAUGACUACAAGCCUACGCCAUCGCCAACAUCGCCAGGCAACGGUAUCAAAACCCCGUCGCCGGUCCAGGAGAACGUUCACAAGAACUGCAACAAGUUUCAUCAGGUGCAGAAGACAACGACAUGUUCCUCGAUUAAUAACUACUACAACCUACCUCUAAAAGACUUUUACUAUUGGAACCCUAGCGUAGGGACCAAUUGCCAAUCCCUACUCGUUGGUUACUGGGUCUGCGUUUCUAUUGUUGGUUGGACACCUCCCACGCCGUCUCCCACGACGCCUAGUAACGGGAUCAAAACACCAUCACCGAUCCAAGCAGGAAUGGUGACAAACUGCAACAAAUUUGCCGAGGUCAAGUCAACAACCACAUGCGCGUCGAUCCAAAACUACUACAAGAUCAGUAUGGAGCAGAUAGCGAAAUGGAAUCCCAAAGUGGGCUCUAGUUGCAAUGCCUUGCUAGUGGGUUACCAUGUCUGUGUCGGGGUUAUCGGACAGACGCCCACGCAGCCUCCGAAGCAAGACCCAACUCCUACGCCUUUCAUACCGGACAUGAUCAAGAAUUGCAAGAAAUUCCAUCUUGUGAAAGCCACUACGACGUGUGAAUCUAUUCAGAAUUACUACAAGAUUACUAUGGCGCAGAUUGCAAAGUGGAAUCCAAAGGUGGGUACGAAAUGUACGGGUUUGUGGAAGGAUUAUUGGGUAUGUGUUGGAGUUUAA